UCUUGAUCUUCUCUCGCUGCUCGACAUUAUUCGAGGUUGUACGGCGGCAGUCGAAGAACAACAAUUCAGGGGCUCCGGACCAACAAUUCAGGCCAAUUAAUCAUCGGAGAAAACCCUAAAGCGUAAUGGCCACCCUUGUCUAUGAGGACUCCCACACCACCAAUCGAGGUUUGCCACCACACCACCACCCGGUGUUGAGUGCUGAAUCGAGGCCUUCCGCCACGCGUAGUGUUUAUCCUCCAUAGGCGACGGAGAUGGUCGGAGCUAAUUUGCAGCGUAUCCUCCAAAACUCUUACUUUAUUUAAUUUAUUAUUUACAUUCUAGAAUUUAUUUAUGAAUCAAUUUUAAAAUCUCAUGUUAUUAAAAAGUUAAUUUAGGAAAUACUUGUUGGUCUUCAUUAUUUCCCUUUUUUAAAAGGAUUUAAUUCACCAAUUCGUUUCCUGUUCCUAUCUGUGAAAGGAAGUGUCAAAUUUAUGUUAGGUUUUGGUAAAAGAAAUUAUAAAUAAGAGCCAAUUGAUUUCAAACUCACGCAUCAUCAUAUCAUCAAGCUAUGGACUUGUUUGAUAAAUUGCAAGAUGAUUUGAUCAUUCACAUUCUCUCUUUUCUUCCUACUAAAUUCGCGGUCUUAACAAGUGUUUUGUCUAAAAGAUGGGAAUUCUUAUGGUGUUUCGCCAACAAUUCUUUGGUGUUUGAUGAUCUUGAGUCAUCCAAUUAUAUCAACUAUUUUAAUAUUGGACCUGAUGUUCCUGAUCGUGUUUUGCAUUUUCAUAACUUUAUUGAUAGAGUUGUUAAACUUAACAAGGUGUCCCAUGUUGAGAAAUUUGUCCUUAAGAUGACUUCUUGUAUAUGGAACUCGAAUGCGGUUCCAUCAUGGAUAGAUGAGAUUGUUAACAAAAGGAAAGCUAAAGAGAUUGAAAUCUUCCUUGGUUGUUGUUUUUCUAGGCGCGAAUCAAAGAUGUUUUUGUUGCCUCUUAAGACUUUCAACAGUAGCACAUUGAGAGUUCUGAAAUUACAUUUAUCUGAUAGCAGUCCGUUGAGGGUAUCUGUAGUAAAUAGUGCUAAAACACUUUGUAUACCCAACCUGAAGAUCUUGCAUUUCUGGAUGACUGAGUUAGAUAAUAGAGCGUUGUUAUUGAUAUAUCUUUUCCGAGCUUCUCCCAAGCUGGAAGUAGCAUAUGUUGGAGGAUAUUUAUGUAAUCACAGGAAGAUUUUUUUUAACAUUUAUGCGCCUUGCUUGAAAACACUGCGAAUGAAAUUUAGACGUAUAAAUUUGUCAAACAAAUUCUACAUCAAUGCACCAGUCUUGGAGGAGCUUGUGGUAGUUGAUGAAUCGUUCCAAAAACAUGUAAUAAAAAGCAAUUGCCUUGUCAAUGCGAAACUUGACAUUGGGGUACCCUACUUCAGAGAACUAGAACAGCUACAUGUUCAUAUUAACCGGUUUUACAAGCUCUUUUGUAGAAUAUCCCAUGUUAAGUUCCUGGAUUUGUCGGCUCAUACCAUGGAUGCCCUUAGCAUUAUCUGUGGUCGUAAGAAUGCCAACCUGCCUCAAUUUCUUUCUUUACGUCGCUUGAAGCUGUCCUUUCUCAACUACUCUUCAUGGGAUGUUCUAACAAAACUGUUGGAAUGUUCACCAAAUCUUGAAGUUCUAGUCUUAAGCAAGGAUUUCAAGGGUAAGGAUGCUAAAUUCAGGAGGGAUUCAAUCUGGAUUCAGCCAAUUAGUGUGCCAGCCUGUUUGCUGUCAUGCCUUGGUCAGGUUGAAGUGUUGGAUUGUGGGUCUGAUCAAGUAGAAUUUGAUCUCAUAAGUUAUUUGCUUAAGCAUGGGGAGGUUCUGAGUACAUUCCUAGUUGAGCUACUACCAGCUAAUUCAAGGAAGGACCUAAGAUUCAGAGAUAAACUGAUGGUGAUUCCAAGGGUUUCGUCAACUUGCCAACUAAAAAUCUCUGCAUACGCUCGUUGCUCUCAACAGAAUGGUUUUUCCUCAGAUAAAGAAGAAAAUAAUUUGAAGGACCUGCAACGAUGGAUUACCCCUCAAAGGUUGAGCUAUGAAGAUUUAAGACUCUGUACUAAUUACUUUAGUGGUGAAAACUUAAUAGCAAGAACCAAGGAGUUCAAAAUUUAUCGGGGAAAACUGUAUCAAUCUGGUUCACUAGUGAAGGAUGUUGUUGUGAAGAAAUGGGUAAUACCAGCAAAGAGUCCUUACAAUAAACACAAGGAGGACUCGCUAUGUGAUUUCCAUGAAGAACUGAAGCUACUAAAACAUCAAAACUUUUGUUGCCAUUCUUACUUUAUGAACCUGCUUGGUUACUGCGCAGAAGACAAUGGUGAGCGUCUUGGUGUUGUCUAUGACUUCAAAGUCUUGGAUGGCUUAGAAAACCUCAUACCUAAAGAUAGCUUAAAGUGGGUGCAAAGAAUCAAGGUGGCGCUGGUUCUGGCGUGCAUUUUGGAAUAUAUGCAUAAGAAGCAUGGAGAUCUCCCGUCCGUACCUCCUAGUAUCAAUCCUGCUAACAUAAUUGUUAAUGAGGAUUAUAUGCCAGUAUUAUCUGACUUUAAUCGGAGAGAGAUACGGAUGGAAAACAACUAUAGAGAAGAAGACAACUACAACUAUAAUAGUAUUGAAUAUGCGGAUUUAUUUUCUAGGAAUGAUUAUGAUGUUGAACAAUAUGGAUUGACUGUUUUGGCUUUAAUAUCCAAAAGAGUUGGUCACUGCCCAAUUAAAAAGAGGCACGUAUGUGAACGCGUUACUUUGGAUCAAUGGGCAAAAAUGCAGAAAAAGGAUUUGCAUAUUAAUCCCCCUUUAUGUAAAUCCCAGGUUUCAUUAGUGCAUAAAGAUUUGAUGGAUGAUCCAACCUAUGAUUUUGUUGAUGGUUUGAAAAUAACACGGCUUGCAAUGCACUGUCUUGAUAGAUCUGUGUACCUGCCAAGUAUGUAUGCAAUCGUCAAAUAUUUGUGCAAGUUACGUGUUGUUAAGGAGAAUUGGGAUGUAAUAGAUCAUGACAAUAUUAUAAGUAGUUAUCUUGAUGUACAAGUUCCUUAAUGGCCUGUUCAAAUCCCGCUUAUUUCUCAAAAUGGUUUGGAAUUGGACUAAAUCAAGUCCAAAUUAAAUUCUUCAAUUUUGGGCCAAUUAUGUAAUUUGAAAAUGAAAUUCGUAUUACCAAA